CACAAAUUAUGGUUAGAACAUCUUGUCUCCAUCUGACUUUACUGAAGAUAUUUUGGACUUCAAUUCAUCAUCAGUUGUUUCUGAAGAGGAAGAGCAGCAACGACCCAAUACUAGUACCAAUGUGGAAGCCUCAAAUUACCUCAGAACUGCUAUGGAUAAACUAUAUAAGACCGAGAUAGUCUAUCACACUGUGACAUUAAAGAAUAUUGAGUUUUUCAAAAAUUCAUCAAAUGAAGAACAGCUGUUUUCCUUUGCUUGUUUCUUUAACAAUGUUUUAGCACAAGCAUUAGCUGGUGAAUAUGACCCCUUUACUGGAGAAAAUAGCUUAUUAGAUAUUGCUUUUCCAAAUUUGAUAUUGCUUUUCCAAAUUUGAAAACCUGUUCUUAUGAUAUAAAAAAGAAAGAAUUGGAUAUUUCAAAGAUCAAUGUUUAGUGGCAAAAUCUCAUAUUAUUGUAGUAGCUGCAGAAGAUAUGAUUAGCAAGCGUGUUAAAAAGGAAGAUAUUACAAAUUAUUUAUCAUUACAUACUCAUUCUAAUGAUACAGAAAAAGUAGGAACGAUUAUAAAGAGCGUCGAUGAUUACGUCAGGCAACUAACAAAUGGAAUGAUAGGCUACAGAUUAGAAGAAUCAGGCAUACUUCAACCGGGUGCACGAAUUUAUCUUAGCAUUUUGUACUUUAAGGGUACAUGGCAGUACGGGUUAACCCCUAUGAAAGAGAGAAUGGAAUUUACCAAUAUUGAAGGUAAAAAGAUAUUCAGAGAUUACGUUUAUUCUUCUAUGAUCUAUAUAAAAGUAAGUAGAUAUAUGAUAGAUCCAGAAAAACUAAUAUAUGUCUUCAUUUUACCAUUAAAUGAUGAUACAAAAAGACGACAUCUUAAUAGAUUUGAGGCUAUUUAUAUUGCACCUACGUUUUUGGUUAGUAAUGCUGAGGAAUGGAAAGAAGUCUAUACAAAAUUUAUCGAAAAUUGCACAUAUGGUGAAGAAGGUAAUUUUAGAAUGAAACAUGAUGCUUUUGAAAAUAACAUGAUAAAACUUAUUUUUCCAAAGUUUGAUCAGGUUUGUGAAGACAUUGACCUAAAUAAAAUGUUUCCAGAGACCUAUCAGGGCGGUCCUAAUCCAGAUUUUGCUAAAUUUGUCAUGAAAGUUAGAGUUAAAAUUGAUGAAAAUGGAAUAGAGGGGGCUGCUGCUGCUGAAGUUACUUAUAAUUGCGGCGAAGUAUACCCAGAAAAGUUAGUUGUUGAUAAACCUUAUAUUGUUUUGAUAUACGACCGAGAACUACGUCAAACACUGUUUACAGUAAAGGAUAACGGGCUUAAUGUGAAGAAUUAAAAAGAAAACUUUAAUGAUUUUUAAUUAAAUACCAAUUCUG